AUGUCGGCGCUGGCCGUGGCCACCGCGGCCGCUGCCACCGCGGCGGCCGUCACCGCGGCGCGCUCGGAGAGGCAGGGCAGCCCGGCCUCGUCGCGGGGCUUCUACUUCAACACGGUGCUGUCCCUCGCCCGUUCGCUGGCCGUCCAGAGACCCGCCCCGCUCGAAAAGAUCCAAAAACUACUGUGCAUGUGUCCCGUGGAUAUCCAUGGGAUUUUUCAGCUGGACGAGCGCCGCAGAGAUGCUGUGAUUGCACUGGGGAUUUUUCUAAUAGAGUCUGACCUGCAGCACAAAGAUUCGCUCAUCCCUUAUCUUCUCCGGCUACUGAGGGGUCUUCCCAAAGUGCAAUGGAUCGAAGAAAGCAAUUCACGGAAAGGCCGAGGCAUCCUUCCAGUCCCAGAAAACUUCAGCUUCUGUUUGGUGACCUUGCUGUCCGAUGUUGCCUACAGAGAUGCGUCCUUAAGAGAACAGGUUUUAGAGGCAAUUUUGCAAGUGAUGCAGGUUCUCUUGGGGAUGUGUCAGUCUCCACAGAUCCAGGAUAAAGAAUAUUUGUGCAAAUACGCCCUGCCUUGCCUGAUCGGAAUCUCCCGAGCGUUCGGUCGCUACAGCCACUCCGAAGAGGCGUUGCUCUCCAAGCUUUUCCCCAAAGUGACCCCACAUUCCCGCCGGGCCCCCAGCGAACUGGAGGGGAUCCGCAGGCGUUCCUUCAACGACUUCCGCUCGAUCCUUCCCAACUCCCUGCUGACGGUCUGCCAAGAAGGUUCUUUAAAGAGGAAAACCAACAGCGUGUCCAGCAUCUCACAGGUCAGUCCUGAUCGGGGGAUCCCCCCGCCCGGUUCUCCAGGCGGAACGGCGAUACAAUAUUUUGAAGGUUCCUAUCUGCCUGAUGGAAGCGCGGUCGAUCCCGAAUAUUAUUUCUCCAACAUCAGCUCCAGUUUCUCUGUUUCGCCCCUCUUUAAUGGGAUUAGUAACAAGGAGUUUAACAUUCCCUUAGAAAUGCUUCGCCAGUUGUUGAACAUGAUGAAACAAAUCGUUGGGGAUUCUGUUCUCAAAAACCUGGAUGCCGUGGCAACUGAAGUUAUCGAGGCCAAUCCGCACGUGGAGCUGUUCUACAAAAUGUUUAGCGAUCCUCUGUACGUUGCUCAGUUCAAAAUGCUGCGAGACACCCUGUACCAUAUGAAAGAUCUUCCCAACACUUUUGUGAAAGAAAUUCACGAUUUCGUCCUGGAACAAUUCAACAGCAGCCAGCCAGAGCUUCAGAAGCUCCUUCACGAGGUCGAUAAAUUGCACAAUGAGCUGAAUCCGCUGAAGUUGCGUUGCCAGGCGAACGCCGCCUGCGUGGAUCUCAUGGUUUGGGCUGUGAAGGAUGAGCAAGGAGCAGAAAACCUCUGCAUCCGGUUGUCCGAAAAGUUGCAGUCCAAGACGUCCAGCAAAGUGAUCAUCGCCCACUUGCCUCUUCUGAUCUGCUGCUUACAGGGUCUCGGACGCUUGUGCGAGAGAUUCCCGGUGGUGGUUCACUCGGUCAAUCCGUCACUACGGGAUUUCCUUGUGAUCCCAUCUCCAGUCCUGGUGAAAUUGUACAAAUAUCACAGCCAGUUCCAAACAGGCACCAACGACAUCAAGAUCAGCAUAACGAACGAACACGCCGAGUCGACGCUGAGCGUAAUGUCGGGAAAGAAAAACGAAUCCUCCAUGUACGAACAGCUCCGGGACGUUGCCAUUGAUAACAUCUGCAGGUGUUUGAAAGCCGGCCUGACCAUCGAUCCUGUCAUCGUCGAAGCCUUCUUAGCCAGUUUAUCUAACCGUCUCUACAUUUCCCAGGAAAGCGAUAAGGAAGCCCACCUCAUUCCAGACCACACAAUCCGUGCGCUGGGCCACAUAGCAGUGGCUCUAAGAGACACCCCCAAAGUGAUGGAACCCAUUCUCCAGAUUUUGCAGCAGAAGUUCUGCCAGCCGCCGUCUCCUCUCGACGUGCUCAUCAUCGACCAGCUGGGCUGCUUAGUUAUCACCGGAAAUCAAUAUAUUUACCAGGAGGUGUGGAAUUUGUUUCAGCAGAUCAGCGUGAAAGCCAGCUCCAUUGUAUACUCUGCCACUAAAGACUAUAAAGAUCACGGAUACAGACACUGUUCCUUAGCUGUUAUUAAUGCCCUGGCUAACAUAGCUGCAAAUAUACAGGAUGAACACCUUGUGGAUGAGGUGCUGAUGAACUUGUUGGAACUUUUUGUGCAGCUGGGACUGGAAGGGAAAAGGGCCAGCGAGCGGGCCAGCGAAAAAGGGCCGGCGCUGAAGGCCUCCAGCAGUGCCGGCAACCUCGGAGUGCUGAUCCCUGUCAUUGCUGUGCUCACCAGACGCUUGCCACCGAUCAAGGAAGCCAAACCACGAUUGCAAAAACUCUUCCGCGACUUCUGGCUGUAUUCGGUGCUGAUGGGCUUUGCCGUGGAAGGGUCAGGUCUUUGGCCCGAAGAGUGGUACGAGGGUGUUUGUGAGAUUGCCACCAAGUCGCCUCUCUUGACUUUUCCCACCAAAGAGCCCCUUCGCUCUGUCCUUCAGUAUAACUCUGCCAUGAAAAACGACACCGUCACUUCCGCUGAACUGAAUGAAUUGAGGAGCACCAUCAUAAAUCUUCUGGAUCCGCCUCCUGAAGUGUCAGCCCUGAUCAAUAAAUUGGACUUCGCCAUGUCUACCUAUUUGCUUUCCGUAUAUCGUCUGGAAUGCAUGAGGGUCCUACGUUCAACAGACCCAGAUCGUUUCCAAGUGAUGUUUUAUUACUUUGAGGAUAAAGCUAUUCAGAAAGACAAAUCAGGUAUGAUGCAGUGUGUGAUAGCCGUCGCAGACAAGGUGUUUGAAGCUUUCCUUAGCAUGAUGGCAGACAAACCUAAAACGAAAGAAAAUGAAGAAGAGCUGGAAAGACACGCUCAGUUCUUGCUGGUCAACUUUAACCACAUUCAUAAGCGAAUAAGACGAGUUGCAGAUAAAUACUUAUCGGGUCUUGUAGACAAGUUUCCUCACUUACUUUGGAGCGGAACGGUGCUGAAGACCAUGCUAGAUAUCCUCCAGACUCUCUCCCUCUCUCUCAGUGCAGACAUCCAUAAGGACCAACCGUAUUACGACAUUCCAGAUGCCCCCUAUAGAAUUACUGUCCCGGAUACCUAUGAAGCUAGAGAGAGCAUCGUUAAAGAUUUUGCCGCCCGGUGCGGCAUGAUCCUCCAAGAAGCCAUGAAAUGGGCACCUUCAGUCACCAAAUCUCACCUGCAGGAAUAUUUGAACAAGCACCAGAACUGGGUAUCAGGCUUGUCACAGCACACAGGGUUGGCUAUGGCAACCGAGAGCAUUCUCCACUUUGCAGGCUACAACAGGCAAAACACAACCCUGGGGGUGAGUUCUGUUCACUCGGGCUGAUUGUCCAGCUUAUCAUCUCCAACCCCUGCAGGAGCGGCUUGUGCCACUCAGUUAACAGAAAGGCCCGCCUGCGUCAAGAAAGAUUACUCCAACUUCAUGGCGUCCCUGAACCUGCGCAAUCGCUACGCUGGAGAAGUUUCAGGGAUGAUCCAAUACUGCAGCGCCACAGGCCGAGCCUCGGACCUGAAUAAACUCAUGAUCAAGCAACUCAGCAACGCCCUGGAAGCCAGCCAAGCAGAGAAUUAUAGCCAGGCCAUGUUUAAAAUGACCGCUUUACUGAUAAGCAGCAGAGACACUGAUUGCCAGCUCCUACAUCACCUUUGCUGGGGCCCUCUGCGUAUGUUCAACGAGGUGGUCAUGCAGACUGCCCUCGCUUGCUGGGAGUGGCUGCUGGCUGCUAAGAACGGCAUAGAAGUCCCCUUCAUGAGAGAGAUGGCUGGGGCUUGGCAAAUGACCGUGGAGCAGAAAUUUGGCCUGUUCUCCACCGAGCAGAAAGAAGCCGAUCCUUUAGCUGCCUCCGAAGAAAGCCAACCUAAGCCGUGUCCACCAGAGGUCACCCCGCAUUACAUCUGGAUAGAAUUCUUGGUGCAGAGAUUUGAAAUCGCCAAGUACUGCAGUUCUGACCAAGUGGAGAUUUUUGCCAGCUUACUCCAGAGGUCCCUGUCUCUGAAUAUCGGCGGAUCAAAGGGUAGCAUGAAUUGCCACGUGGCAGCCAUCGGACCCCGUUUUAAGCUCUUAACACUGGGGCUGUCUCUGCUUCAUGCUGAUGUCAUCCCAAAUGCAACGAUUCGCAAUGUCUUGAGAGAGAAGAUCUAUUCCACGGCUUUUGAUUACUUCAGCUCUGCACCCAAGUGUCCAACCCAAGGAGAGAAGAGGCUGCGUGAGGACAUCAUCAUCCUCAUCAAGUUUUGGACAGCCAUGUUCUCCGACAAGAAAUAUUUAACUGCCAACCAGCUUGUGCCUCCAGAUAACCAAGACACCCGGAGCAAUCUUGACGUCACGAUGGGCUCCCGACAGCAAGCCACCCAGGGAUGGAUCAACACCUAUCCUUUGUCCAGCGGCAUGUCGACCAUCUCCAAAAAAUCAGGAAUGUCCAAGAAGACCAAUCGGGGCACUCAGCUCCACAAAUACUACAUGAAAAGGAGAACUCUGCUGCUCUCACUUCUGGCUACGGAGAUUGAGCGCCUCAUCACUUGGUAUAAUCCCCUUUCGUCUCCGGAACUGGAGCUGGACCAGACCGGAGAGAACAGUGUUGCAAACUGGCGGUCCAAAUACAUCAGUCUGAGUGAGAAGCAGUGGAAGGACAAUGUGAACCUGGCGUGGAGCAUCUCCCCUCACCUCGCGGUGCAGCUUCCCACCAGAUUUAAAAACACAGAAGCAAUUGGGAUGGAGGUCACCCGUCUGGUUCGCUUGGACCCCGGAGCCGUGAGCGAUGUGCCGGAAGCCAUCAAG